AUGACUCGCGCCGCGACGCCAGGGCUGCUGCUCCUCCUCCUCCUCCUGGCCCGGGUGCUGCUGCUGUGCCGCCCGCUGGCCGGGCACCCCGGGCAGGGAGAGGCCACUUGGUCUCGCUUCGCCCGCCUGCCCUUCGAGGAUGAGCUCUUCCUGGACGACACGUUCCCCGACGGCUUCCUGUGGGGGGCGGGCAGCGCGGCGUACCAGGUGGAAGGCGCCUGGAGCCAGGACGGCAAGGGGCCCUCGGUGUGGGACGCCUUCGCGCAGCGCCUCCCCCGGGCCGCCGCCGCCGCCGAGCCGAAGGCGCCGUCGGGGGACGUGGCCAGCGACAGCUACAACCGCGUCGAGCGCGACCUGGAAGCGCUGAGCCUCCUGGGGGUGUCGCACUACCGCUUCUCGCUGCCCUGGGCGCGCCUGCUCCCCAACGGCACGGCGCCCGCCAGCCCCGCCGCCCUGGAGCAUUACGCGCGCUUCCUGGCCGGCCUGAGGCAGCGCGGCGUCGAGCCCGUGGUCACCCUCUACCACUGGGAUCUGCCCCAGCGCCUUCAGGAGCUCUAUGGCGGCUGGCAGAGCCCGGCUCUGGUCGGCUUGUUCCGGGACUACGCCGAGCUCUGCUUCAGGCACUUCGGCGAGCACGUGCGCUUCUGGCUCACCAUGGACAACCCUUACCUCGUGGCUUGGCAGGGCUACGCCACGGGCAAGCUGGCCCCCGGCGUGCGGGGAGGGCGGGAGGUGGGCUACCGGGUGGCUCACCACCUCCUCCAGGUAAGGACGGCCAAGGAGAACAUGGCUCAGCCGAAGUUCUCCAUGAGUUUUGGCCACCGGGGAGAGGGACGUCAGAGAACCAUAUAGCGUUGGACGGGACCCCCGAGGGUCAUCUAAGGCCAGCCCCCUGCAAAGCAUCCUUUGCUUUAAAACCUCCAGUGAAGGCACAUAACCCGAGGAAAGGCGCCAAGGGAGAGUAGGGCCUCCACUUGUGAUCUUUUCCGAGGCAAAUGAAUGACUGCUGCUGGCUCCUCUUAAGUUAAGAACAGGGGUGGGGAACCGGUGGCCCUCCAGUUCAAUGUUGCUGGGCUACAGCGUCUAACAGGUUGAGCUGCAGUUGCCUCAUCCCUGGUGUAGAAUUUAAAACAGCCUUCCCAAACCUGGUGCCCUCCAGAUGUUUUGGGCUAUAACGGAAUUGUAGGCCAAAACACCUGUGGGUUAUUUUUAGUAUAUGUGCUGCCAAAGCAAGCACAACACCUGUGGGUUAUAAGGUUAGGGAAGGCUGAUUUAGAGCAAGGGCAGUGCAAUCCUAGGCCUGUUUACUCAGAAGCAAGUUCCAGUGUAUUCCAUGAGUCAGUGUGUGUAAAGGAGUGCAGCCUAAGAUUUGCUACAAGCAGCAGACAAGAGUAAGCAAGGCCCAACUUAUCAAAACUUAGCACCUAUGGAAAUAUAAAAGGUAGGAUACACCCCACUGCCCUCCAGUCACCCAAAUAUUGGAAAAACACAAAGGAGGAAAAUGGUCAAGUAAGUACAUCUGGCUCUUGAAGAUGACCUUCAAGCCUGUUCCAAUCCUGCUGUUCUAUGAGACUAUAACCAUCUCAAAUAUUAUGCUCUGUAGAAAACAAUGGGAUUUUUAACAUUUCAGAAUGCUGAGAUUUUUUCCUAUAGAACAAACACCUCAACUUCUCCAGCAUGUGCAGGACAGCUUGUUUGCUUGUCUUAUCAGGACCUAUUUAACUAGACUUAUCCAUUGCCCUUCAGGCACCUCUGGCCAAACACACCUUGCUAACUCCUGAAUCACUCACUACUUGUGGCAAAUCAUAAUUGGAACAAUCCCAGUUUAUUACAGAGCCAAACUUGCUAGGGGUGUAUUAUUGGUGUAAGAGGUUUAACUAGAAUGUUUUUAUUAUUGUCAGUUGCGUUAAUCUCCCAUCCUUCCCCCAAGGAGCUUAGUGUGGUGUAUCCGAGCCAUUCCCCCUAUUUUAGUAUCACAACAACCCUGUGGGGUAGGUUAGGCUAAGAGAGGAAGACUGGCCCAAUGUCACACAGUGAGCUUUGUGGCUGAGUGAAGAUUUGAACUCUGGGCUUCCCAGUUCCUGUUAUAAACAUUCCCCUGUCCGCACUGGCUCUAUGAUUUUAGUGUUACCACAUUUAAAUGCUUACAAUUGCCUGUGAAGGUGAAAGGUGAGGAAGAGCAAAUUAAAUUCUCCCCACUAAAGUUGCAAGAGCAAAAAUAAAUGUGUGGGCUUGCAGAAGAAUAGUAAUGUCAGUCUGUUGCAGAUCUUUGCAGUAUCCUAAAGAAGUGCAGUACAAUGUGAUGCAUAUUUAUUCAGAUAUAAGUUCUAUGUUGGAUGAGACUUGCUUCCUAGUAAGUGUAUUUAGGACUGCAGCCUAAUUUAUUGUGUCAUGAGAUUCUGUAGGUGACAGUGCGGUUUAUCAAAGGCAUAGUUAAUAAAUAUAAACAUGGAUAAAAUUUCAUUUCAUCCAAUAUUGCAAGGUGAGAUGAAAAGACAAACACACAUAUCUGAAAGCAGCAGUACAAUGCAUUACUAGUAGCAUUUAUUCUAUUUGAAAAUGAACAAGCAGGAGAACCCACAUGAAUUGAUUAUAAUAUUAACCAUGACCAAUUCACAAAAGGAAGGUAUAAUAGUGACAAAUUAAUGUGUUACAAAUACCAAGCCAAGUGCAGUAAAAUAUGGCCACAGUCACAGUCACAGAAUAUACAUCAUCUUAACAGAGACCUGAACAUUGAAAAUAAUGUAGUUGUUAUUACCGGAUGCACAAAAAGCAAUCCAGUAGUCCAAAUGUAAAUUUCACACUCAAGAGAUCCAUCACUUAGCUAAGCAUUUUUGAAUUUAGUGGGACUUGCUCUUAAACAAAUAUGUACUGGAUUGCAGCCAUCUAUCCCACCCUUCUCCAUCUCUACUCAGAAGUAGAUCCUAAUUUGUUCAGUGGGGCUUAGUCACAGGAAAGUGAGCAUUUGAUUGCACCCUUACAGCACAGUCCUCUCUGUGUCUACUCAGAAGUUCAAUAGGACUUGGUACUCAGGUUAGUGUAUAUAGGAUUACAAUGCCUUAGUUUUAAAGACCUGCAGUAUUUCUUGAUAUGAUUUAAGGUGAACAAGUUCUUGUAUGUGGACUGGGAUGAGGGCCAAGAGCACUUUCCCAAUCAACAUCCCUGCUGGCAUCAGAGGUUGGCCUGGCAGUGAUCUAAGCUCCUGUGGCACUGAGUUGCUCGUGAUACAUGCCGUAUUAAAACCUGCGCUUGCAGCAUCCAAGUCAGAUGUGAGUAAUUUCUAUCAGCAUGUCUACCAAAAUUGGCACAGCGUGACAGCUUUGAGCACUAGAUCAUAAGCUUUGUGGUAGAUGGGAAGCGAUGUAAUAAUGAUGUUGUGACACAUGCUGCUCUGUUUUAAGCAAAAUUGAGAGGUGCCUCAAUUUAGGGUUAGGCACAGAGAAGAAUUUUGGAUAUAUAUAUUUUAAGAGGAAAACUAUGUUGGAAAUCUUAGGUCUAUUGUAAGCCAAGUCCGCUGCUUCUGAAUUGCACCUCAGACUGUAAUCCCUCUGUGCCAGCCCUUUUAGUUUUCCUCCCUCAUUGCUUCCCCAAAAUUUGCAAGUUUAGUACUGUAGCCCAUAUAUGCAUACAAAAAGUCCCAGGUAUAAUACCACACAUCUCCAGAAAGGGCUAGGAAAGAUCUCUGGAAAGUUGUGGCUAGAUAAGUCAGAGGUCUAACACUCUAGAAUGCUGCUUCCUAUGAUUCCAAGUAGGAAAAACAGCAGCAUCCACCACAGUUCUCAGAAUAAAGUUGAGAGCUGUUUCAAAGAUACUUUGCUCUGCGUUAAGGGCCCGAAUUACUGAUUCUGGAAGUAUAGCUUAAAAAAUUAUUCCCAGCUCAGUAAUAAUAAGAUUCCCAGGAUUUCCAUAAUAAAGGAACCUGUGGCUCUUCGGAUGUUGGGCUGUCUUUCUCAUCCCUGACAACUGGUGAUGCUUGCUGGAGCUGAUGGCCCAUAGAGUCAAACAGCACCUGAAUGGCCACAGGUUACCCAUCCUUGCUGUAAACAAUGCAUGUCCAAAAGCCUUCCUUGCAAACACUGGAAGUGCAGGAAGAGCCCAUGAAUCCCACACGUUAUUUCAGCUGCUGCUGUCCCUCCUCUGUGAAACUUGUUAGUUUGGGAAAUAUGCCAAGUGGAGAGAGAGUCUACCACAGACAAAAUAAUCUGUUGCCUUUUAAAAAUAUUGAAAUGUCAUGUUUUAAAGGUAGAUUCAAAUUUAAAAAAAUUCUGGGAAGAAGAUUAAUUUUGACUACAGCUAUUUUUGCCAUCCGUGACAAAUAAUGGAAAGGCACGUUUUUCAGAUCUUUUGCCACUUCCUUUAGCAGUUUUUCAUGAUUUUCUUGAACUUCUGGUGAAAGAUUGGUUUGUAGAUAUAUCCCCAAAUAUCUAACAGAAAUGCUUAGUGCUGAUUACCAGUAUCUUCCACAAGAUUAAAAUUGGAACUAAUCGGAUUUUAAAGAUUUUUUUUAAAGACAGAAAUUAAACUAAUUUAGUUAGGACACUGAUUCCUUUGGCUAUAUUAGUGAAAAAGUAGCAUCACCUGCAUAUAGAUAAAUCUUCAAGUCCUGUGUGUCUGACCUAAACCCUUUAAUUUUGUUCCAUGACCUCACUGCAAUUGCUGGGGUUGCUACUGCAAAUAAGAUGGGGCCUGCCAUGUCCUUUAUGUUAGAGAUCAUUCUGAAGUCUUCACAUUAACUAUAAUAACUCUUGUUGAAGGAGCCCUCUAAAUAGUUUGAAUGCAACUCAAAAACUGAUCCCCUCUUCUGUGCUGCAUUCUAUGCUUUCCACAUAGUGGUGCCAAGGUUUAUCUGAGAUUCCACCCUCUUUCAGAUAUAGGCAUAACAAAGCAUUUAAGUAUUGCUGUUUACCACAAAUUGAGGAUGCACUUAAUGAUCCCUCAUGAAAUUUAGUUGUCAUUGUCUGUGGGGCUUCCAUCACUAAGUGAUAUUUAUUUCACCUGCCCACUCAGUUCUCAUGAACUGAGCUUUGUGAAGACAUGUUUUCUCAUGCACGGUUUUCUCCUCUGCAACUGGUGAAAUGGUUCCAAGUGUGCCAUAUGUUCCAUUAUGUGAAAAUAUAGGUUCACAUAAAAAGGUAAAGGUAAAGGGACCCCUGACUAUUAGGUCCAGUCGUGACCGACUCUGGGGUUGCGGUGCUCAUCUCGCUUUAUUGGCCAAGGGAGCCGGCGUAUAGCUUCCGGGUCAUGUGGCCAGCAUGACUAAGCCGCUUCUGGCAAACCAGAGCAGCGCACGGAAAUGCCGUUUACCUUCCUGCUGGAGCGGUACCUAUUUAUCUGCUUGCACUUUGACGUGCUUUCGAACUGCUAGGUUAGCAGGAGCAGGGACCAAGCAACCGGAGCUCACCCCGUCAUGGGGAUUCGAACCGCCGACCUUCUGAUUGACAAGUCCUAGGCUCUGUGGUUUAACCCACAGCGCCACACUCUAAAACCUAGGGGCAAGUAAAGGGAAAGAUAGAACAUCUUUCUUGACAGCGCUGUUGGGAUUGUUCCAGAGCUGGUGUUAAGGGUCAGCAUAGUCAAGCAUCUGCUGAGGGACCACAACUCAGUGCGGGAGCAACUGGGGAAAGUCUCCUGGACCUGCUUCUCCUCCUCACCAUUGCAACCUGGUUGUUCAACCAGCUCUUCUUAUUCUGGACCAGAAAAAGGUGGUAGUUGAGCAGUAGAUGUUACUUCCUGUUUGCAUGUUAGCCGUCUCCCUUGCAAGCAAGCAAGGGGUAACAUUAAGUAGGAGUAGCGCAGGGGAAAUUGAUGAUAAUGAUGAGGAGGUAGACUCUCUGAAGGAAGGGAGCCAUGGCUUUUCAGGCUGGUGAGAGACAGAUUUCGAAAAGCACAUUGCUCCCAGCAGGUUGUGAGUCUGAAUGUGUUCAUGCUAGUCAAUUCAUCCUUCUGAGUCAGAGCAGGAUUAUAAAUGGCCGCUUGCCUUUUUGACUGGCUGUUUAAAGAAUUGCUCUUGGAGGACCAAAUGGGGAUGGUAUACAAAAGUUGGUUCCUUGCUCCCUUUCAUUUUGGCCACAAAAUGAGCAAUGCAAGCAAAUUACGGGCAUUGGACUAGUAAAAUUGUUUGAACCACUAAUUUUUGUGGACCUGUUUGCACCAGAAGUACUUCGUCCAGUUCCAGGCACUGCAGUUUAGGAAAUAUGUUGACAAAUUGGAACACGUCCAGAGGAAAGUGGCAAAGUUUGUCUUGACUUACUGUUAUCGUUUGUUAUGAGAGAAACAAGCCACAAGCGCUGGUUCACAUGUGCCAGCCUCUGCGUGGGAAAGGAAUUAAUUUUAAGGUGAAGGAAGCCAGCUGAUUUUAUAAGGUUUGCUCUGUUAUAAGAGUUGCACCGUGUUUUGAUUGAAUGGAGGCCCUAAAGCCACCAAGAGACUUAUUACCAUCUAGUUGGUAACACAGAUAUCUGUUAAGACUGAAUACAUAAUUUCAUAAAACAGCAAAAAUGAGUAAAAUAAAAAUGGUUCACCGGGGACUUUCUUUCCCAUAGGCUCAUGCCAAAGUGUGGCAUCUUUACAACGAUCAUUUUCGUCCUGCACAAAGAGGUAAAGUGUCAAUUGCCUUAGGCUCUCACUGGAUAAGACCUCUACAUAUGACUGAAAACAGUAUUCACGAAUGCCAGAAAUCUCUUGACUUUGUGCUGGGCUGGUUUGCUAAACCUAUAUUUAUUGAUGGAGACUAUCCCCAGAGCAUGAAGAGUAAUCUUUCCUCUGUGCUGCCUGAGUUCACCGAAGCAGAGAAGAAGUUUGUCAGAGGGACAGCCGAUUUCUUUGCUCUUUCGUUUGGGGCCACGUUGAGUUUCCAUCUCGUGGAUACUGGCAUGUUAUUCCGCCAGCUGGAAUCGCUAAGCCUAAGGCCUCUGCUUUACUGGAUAAGCAGUGAAUAUAACAAACCAGAGAUCUUCGUUGUGGAGAACAGCUGGUACGUUUCUGGUAACACUAAGACCGAUGACUCCAAGUACACGAAUUAUCUUAAAAAUUUCAUUAUGGACACUCUGAAAGGUAGGCUUGUAGAUGGUAUUCUUGUCACCAUUAUUAUCCUGGCACAAGUUAAGGGAAACAUUAUCCUCACAUUCAUUAAAUAAGUUCUGCAGAGGCUAAAACCCAGUGAGUCUUUAAACAUUUAUCCAGGUGUUCAUUACAGAGUGAGGUUCCAAAAGAACGGGAUUUGCUUGCCUCUGCUGUUGCCAAGUGCUUUCCAACAAGUUUGGAUAAUGUUUCUUUGGUUACAGCAAAAAGUUAAGCUGGUUGCUUAAUAUAACUUCAUGAUGUUUGUACUCUUGGCUAUGAGGCUUGCAGGAGAAUCAGGCAGGAGAUACCCAAUGAUUAGUUUUAAUGCGUCAGAUAGCUGAGUAAAUAUUUGCUAGAUAAGAAUAUAUACCAAAUCUCUCUUUCUCUUUCUCUGGUGUGUGUGUGUGCAUAUAUAAUUUCUGUAACUCUCUGGCAGUGACCUUAAGAGUCUCGUCUCAGGCUGGAAGAAUUCAUUCUUCCUGUAAUGAAGAAAUGAAAAUAACUGUUGGGAGUACUUAUUCUGCUUUCACAGCUGAUUUACAAACUGUGUCUCAGUUACAUAUGUCCUUAUUUAUAUGAAUAUGGAAAGGGGCUUGAGCUUUGGUAAAUGUAUCAGAUGGUAGAUACAACUUCUCUUUUUAGCAACCAAUAGCAACCAAGCUGCACAUUCUGGCCCCCAUGGGAAAUUGGGUAUGCUUUAUGCCUGUGUUGGUUUUUAUUUUAAAACAACUUUGGUGAAAGAUGUAAAAUAAGUUGGAAAACAUUUAUCAGCUCAACUUUACAUUCACUACAGAGUGUUGCUUGCAACACUUGCUAGUUACUUUGGGAUGGUCAUUAUUUUGAAGUAGAGUAGUAUUUUAAUUAAGCAUGUAAAUAAUUAAGUAAAAGUUCUGUCUUGCUUUUCUGCUUACCUUGAAAACCCUAAAUAUCUUGGGUCUAGGUCACCUGAGAGACUUUCUCCUCUCAUACCAUGCUGCCUGCUCUCUAAGAUGCCUGAGAGAGGACAAUUUCCAUGUCCUGUUUGUGGCUGAGGCAUAGCUGUGCAGGAUGAGAGAAGAGCCUUCUUGGUGGCUGCACCAAUAUUCUAUAAUACCUCUGAAUACCUUAUAUCAGUGCUUUUUUCCUAAAAAAAAUGUUUAGGGGUACUCUCAUUUUGACUCAAGAAAAUCACCAUUUUAUAGUUCAAAUCGGGAAAAAUAAAUACAGCAAAUGGACAAAAGUUGAAAGAACAUACUGCACAGCUGACACAUUAAACGCUUGCUUCCGUCUGAGACUCAGGAAACACUGGAAAAGGAAAUGAGGCUGCCAUUGAGGGUAGCAAUGGAACUGACGAUUCACUGUGCUAUUCAACGGCUCUGACCGCACUAGAGAAGAAACUAAAUUUUUAAUUUUUUUAAGUUUCUUCUCCCGUUAGAUUCACAAAAUGUUUAGGAGUAUGUGUACCCCUACGUCCGCCCCAGAAAAAAGGACUGCCUUAUAUUCUGAGAUCCAUUUCCCCUCCUUUCUUACUGUUCCCACUGACCUGUUAAACUUUCCUGUUCUUGAAGCAUUUGCCUUGUCAGACAUUAUUGAUAGAUUGGGUAGAACUCUAUUUUGGAAUAUUUUUAUCUGUUGUGUCGGUUUUUGUGCUGUCGUUUUAUUUCUUUAGUGGGAUUGUUUUGUUUUUAACUGUAAGCCACCCUUAGGUGAUGCAAAUGCACUGGAAGGACAGGGUUCAAGUUUCCUAAACAAGUAAUGCAAUUUCAAAAAAUACAACCACGCAAAUUAUUUAUAAAAGCUUUUCUAUACCACCCUCUCAUAAAACAUCAGGGCAGUGUGCAGCAGUACAGAAUCAUAGAAUCAUAGAGUUGGAAGAGACCACAAGGGCCAUCGAGUCCAACCCCCUGCCAAGCAGGAAAUACCAUCAGAGCACUCCUGACAUAUGGUUGUCAAGCCUCUGCUUAAAGACCUCCAAAGAAGGAGACUCCACCACACUCCUUGGCAGCAAAUUCCACUGUCGAACAGCUUUUACUGUCAGGAAGUUCUUCCUAAUGUUUAGGUGGAAUCUUCUUGUAGUUUGGAUCCAUUGCUCCGUGUCCGCUUCUCUGGAGCAGCAGAAAACAACCUUUCUCCCUCCUCUAUAUGACAUCCUUUUAUAUAUUUGAACAUGGCUAUCAUAUCACCCCUUAAUCUCCUCUUCUCCAGGCUAAACAUGCCCAGCUCCCUUAGCCGUUCCUCAUAAGGCAUCGUUUCCAGGCCUUUGACCAUUUUGGUUGCCCUCCUCUGUACACGUUCCAGUUUGUCAGUGUCCUUCUUGAACUGUGGUGCCCAGAACUGGACACAGUACUCCAGGUGAGGUCUGACCAGAGCAGAAUACAGUGGCACUAUUACUUCCCUUGAUCUAGAUGCUAUACUCCUAUUGAUGCAGCCCAGAAUUGCAUUGGCUUUUUAGCUGCCGCGUCACACUGUUGGCUCAUGUCAAGUUUGUGGUCAACCAAGACUCCUAGAUCCUUUUCACAUGUACUGCUCUCAAGCCAGGUGUCACCCAUCUUGUAUUUGUGCCUCUCAUUUUUUUUUGCCCAAGUGCAAUACUCGCGCCUAAUGAUCCUUCCACUUCUACCCCACUAACCAGGUCAUCAACAUUGGUUAGGACCAGAUCUAAAAUGGCUGUUCCUCUUGUUGCUUCUCCCACUUUCUGGACAAUGAAGUUGUCUGCAAGGCCAGUGAGGAAUCUGUUUGACCUUAUGCUCUUGGCUGAGUUUGACAUCCAACAAAUAUCCGGGUAAUUGUGAAGUCCCCCAUUACUACUAUCUCCCUUCCUUUUGCAUGCUUGGCCAUCUGUUCCAGGAAGGCAUCAUCUAUGUCCUCCGUUUGGCUUGGGGAUCUAUAGUAAACUCCCACAAUGAGGUCACUGUUAUUCUUCUCUCCCUUAAUUUUGACCCAAAUGCUCUCACUUUGGCUUUGAGGUUCUAAAUCUUGGAUCUCUUCACAGGUAUACACAUCCCUGACAUAUAACGCCACUCCUCCUCCUUUCUUGUCUGGUCUGUUUCUCUGAAAUAGAUUGUAUCCCCCCAUUAUUACAUUCAAAUCGUGGGACUUAUCCCACCAGGUUUCAGUGAUGCCUAUUAUGUCAUAUUUAGUUUGCUGUACCAAGAGCUCAAGCUCAUCUUGUUUAUUUCCCAUGCUUUGCGCAUUAGUGUACAGACAUUGAAGUCCAUUAAUCAUCCCCCCGUGUCUCUUAUUUAAGGAUUUUUCCUCCCACCACUAGGUCUGCGUGCUGUUUGCUCCAUUUGGUCUAUGACAUUUGGAUGAUCAUCUUCAUCAAUUGAUAAACUCCUACCUUCAGGAGCACUGUCUCCCCCCCCACAUUAGUCAGUUUAAAGCCCUCCUGAUGAGGUUUCUGAGAUUUUUGGCAAAAACAUUUCUCCCAACCGUUGUGAGGUGCAGCCCAUCGCUUGCCAGAAGUCCAUCUUCAAGAAACUGCAGUCAAACCGUUCCUGUUUACACCAUUUGCGAAGCCAGCUGUUCACUUCCACUAUUUUUCCCUCUCUCCCUGGGCCACGUCAUUCAACUGGGAGGACAAAUGAGAUGACAAUUUGUGCAUUUAAUUGCUUCAAUUUCCUGCCCAGAGCCUUGUAGUCUCUUUUGAUCUUCUGGAGGCUAUUGCUUGCAGUGUCAUUGGUUCCCACAUGAACCAAGAGGAAGGGGUAUUUGUCAGUGGGUUUUAUGAUUCCUUGCAGUCGUUCAGUUACAUCUUAGAUCUUAGCCCCGGGGAGACAGCACACUUCCCGAGACAUCUUGUCAGGCCCACAGAUCACUGCUUCUGUUCCCCUCAGUAGGGAAUCCCCUAUCACCACUACACGCCUCCUCUUAGGUUUGGACGGGGUUCUUCCGUGAGCUGUCCGUUCCAAGGUCGCCUGCACAUUCCCUGAGGACUGACUUUGCUGCUCGUCUUCAUAUACCUGAUCGACUGUAAUGAGGGAGAUCCUCAAAUGGAGUCUGCUCUUCGUCUUCCAUGCUAGGGAGAGGACCUCAAAGCGAUUGUGUAUUUCUAAACAAUCAGAGCGAACCCUGGGCCUCCUACUUCUUUGAGUCACGUUUCUCCAUAUAUCUGGCUCCUGUGUUGGUGAACUAGCCUCCUUCUCAGGGGAGUCCCCUGUCUCCUCCUUGGUGGAGACGGUGUGCUCUGUUGCUUCCAAGAAGAGCUCCAGCUCUCUAAUUCUUUGGAGCGUAGCUACACGUUCCUCCAUUAAAAUGACUGGGGACUUGAGAAAAUUUCAAACAACUGUAUGAACAAGUCUUUAAGAGACACCUGAAAGUCAAAAGCAAGGAUACCUCCCCAAUCUCUGCUGGAAGUGUUGUGCAGCAUGGGACUUGAUAGAGGCCAGUUGGCCUUCUGAGAUGUGGAAACCAACUAAAUUAUAUAAAACAAUUAACAGUUUUGUUACACCAGUUUUGUAGAAGAAGUCACAACGAGUAAGUGAAAUGACAUCCUUUUAUGGAGGUACCUGCUCAUUUAAAAGUACUGUAUUCAAAAGCUUCCAGGCAUUUCAUUUCCCAUCAGAAAAAAAGAAUGCCAUGGGACCAAUUCAGGUGCCCACUGGGACAUAGUGGAGGGAUCCUUAGGCUAUUUAGGCCAUAUCUGCCUGGCAAUAUUAACACCGUAGCUUGAUAACCACUGAGCAGGAUAUGUAAGCGGUAGCUUUUUUCUGAACCACAAAUCAAGUGCAGUUGUUCAAAUGUGUGCACGUGGGGAAGUGAGGUCAUCUUAUUUUUGUUGUUUUCUCCUCAGCUGUCAGAUAUGAUGGAGUUACUGUCAUCGGGUACACGGCUUGGUCUCUCAUGGAUGGCUUUGAAUGGCUCAGGGGCUACAGCGUUCGAAGGGGUCUGUUUUACGUUGACUUUCAAAGUCAGGAUAAGAAACUGAUGCUAAAGUCUUCAGGAAUGUUUUACCAGAAGGUGAUAGAGAACAAUGGCUUCCUCCCAUUACCGGAAGACCAGCCCAUAGAAGGGACUUUCCCCUGUGGUUUUGCUUGGGGGGUUACCGAAAGCUUUCUUCAGGUAAGCCAAAUGAGAGAGCAAAUCACUUCCUCCAGUUUUCCUAUAGCGCAAGUGAAAUAAUAAUACUGUCUUUGUUUCGUUCCUAGACAUGCGUUCUAAUUGUGGCCGUAGGGCCUCCCCUCUGACAAACAUCACAGUUUGGGCAUGUUUGGGUGCUAUAUUCUGGGCAGAACUCUCAGUGUGUGGGUGUCUGUGUGUACACAUCUUCCCCAUUCCAUUGUGCCCCCCUGAUUUAAAGCAACCACCCCUCACAGAUUUGUUCUUUUCAAGGACAGAUCAGGCAGAGGUGGUAAGGUAACACAAUCAAAUGAAAGCAUGUUGCAACCUUGUUAGCUCUUACUCCUUCCUUAGAGGUAGGCCAUACACACAGGACUUCUGUGGGCUUUCCCAGCCCAGUGAAGGAAAGGGGGAAAAAUUCAUUGUUCUUCAUACUGUGUGUCAAUCAAUUUUGGCGGCUCGAUAUUUGUGCUUUGAGCUAUUGAACAGUCUUCUAUGACAUAUAGCAUAGUAAAUUAGAACAAUGUCAUUAAAUAUUAAGUUGGUUAAAAUAAGCAUGUCACUUAUUUCUAAGCCGCAUCUUUGCUGUGAUUUAUUUCGGUGUACUUUAGUGCACGGCAGACACAUUUCCCAUAAAUCGUUUGGACGUCACCUUAAAAGUAUUCUGAGCUCCCUCUGUUUUUAAAACUGAUUGGUUCCUGAAAGAUUUAUUGCAUAUCUAAAUCAUUUGUUGAUGCAAACUUUAGAUACUCCAUAAAGCAGAGAUAGCUAACAUGGAGAUUGCCAGAUGUUGACUCUCAGGUCCCAUCAGCCUAAUUAUUAUUAUUAUUAUUAGGUUACUUAACUUGUUUGCUUGUGAGUUUACACACUUUGGACAAAUUGAAUCUGCUUCUCCCUCUCUUUCCAGGUAGAUACCACACGGUCCCAGUUCCUUGACCCUAAUGUUUAUGUUUGGGAUGUCCAUCAUACAAAGAAGCUGAUUAAAGUUGAUGGAAGGGGUGCUCCAAAUCGCAAGCCUCACUGUGUUGAUCUUCCGGCUAUCAGGCUCCAGAUUUCUUUACUUCAGGAAAUGCAUGUCACACACUUCCAUUUUUCGCUGGUGUGGCCUUUGAUUCUCCCUCUAGGUAAUGAAUCUUACGUUAACCACACUCUUCUGUUUUACUAUCAGUGUUUUGUCAGCGAAUUACUCAGAGUCAAUAUAACUCCUGUCGUUGCUUUGUGGCAACCCAUGGGUGAGAACCAAGGGCUUCCUCUUCCUCUCGCUGAGCAUGGAGGAUGGGAGAACCGGCAGAUCGUGGACACUUUUGUUGAGUAUGCCAGGUUCUGCUUUAAAAAACUUGGCCAGUAUGUCAAAUUUUGGAUCACAAUGAACGAGCCUAGCGAUGACAACUUGACAUACAAAGGAGCCCAUAACCUGCUGAAGGCCCACGCCAAGGCAUGGCGCCUGUACGAUAAAACAUUCAGGAAGACUCAGAAAGGUAAAAUCUCAAUCGCCUUCCACGCCAUCUGGGUCGAGCCCUUUUCAAAAAACGAUUACAGUGCAGCCAGACGAGUUUUGGAGUUUAAGAUUGGCUGGCUUGCUGAGCCUAUCUUUGGAAGUGGUGACUACCCAGAUGUGAUGAGGCAGUGGCUUCACCAGAAAAACAGCCUAGGCUCCCAUUAUUUACACUUGCCUUAUUUUUCGGAGGCGGAAAGAAACCUAAUACGUGGUUCGUUCGACUUUUUCGCCUUGAGCCACUACACCACGUCUCUCGUAAGCGCCAUAAACGAAGACCCCGCCAAUUACGACCACCUCCUUGAGGUCCAAAAGCAAAAUGACAUCACUUGGGUGAAGUCACCUGCCAGAACUCCAGUGGUGCCCUGGGGGUUACGCAAGCUCCUCGCAUGGGUCAAGGAUAAAUAUGGCGACAUCCCAAUCUACAUCCUAGCCAGUGGAAUUGAUGACGGGCAAAAACCGGAUCGAGACAAACUGAGAAUAUAUUACAUGGAGCGGUAUAUCAACGAAGCCUUGAAAGGUAAGAGUCCUGCGGAAAUGCUUAUGUUCCUCAAGACCAACGUUUCUUGGUGUGUUUUCUGGAAUGCUGUGUGUGAUAUGUAAUAGCAACUAUCAGUGCUUUUUUCUGGAUGGCAGACACAGGGGUACGCAUACCCCUAAACAUUUUGUGAAUCUUUGUACGUUUGUCCAUUUACUGUAUCUAUUUCCCCCGAUUUGAACUAUAAAAUGGUGAUUUUCUUGAGUCAAAAUGAGAGUACCCCUAAGCAUACUUUUUUAAAAAAGAAAAAAAAGCACUGGCAACUAUUAUGUGUAUACCCUGCCUUUUCCCCUGACAGGGAAAAUAAGAGAAGCUAAAAUAUAGGGGGUGAAAUAUUUGUAAUAAACGUUAACAGAAUUAAAACUGUGUGCUUAAUAAAAACAUACAGAGAAUUACAAUAGAAACAGCACCAGCCCUUUCAUUAAAAAGCAGUCAGUUCCAAAAAGCCUGUUGGAAUUAGGAGGUCUUCACCUGCCAGCUGAAGGACAACAAGGAGGGAGCCAGUCUAACUUCUCUAGAGAGAGAGUUCCAAAGUCUGGGAGCAGGAACUAUAUGCUUUGAAGAUAACUGGAAAUCCAGUUUUCAGCAACUGGAUGAGGCCGUUGCCUCGUAUAAGGGACGGACUAAUUAAUACAUGUUGAUACCCAGAACACAUGCAUAGUACAUUGUGUGUGUCCCAAGGCAGUGUUUGGAACUCAGUGCCCUUCUGUCUGCUGUUGCUGAGAAAAAGAUGGUUGCAUUUCGUUGCCAUGAAUAGUCACCAAAGGCUUUCCUCCCCCUACCCCCUGUGAAAUUAAGCUAGCUUAAUAACAAAAUAAUGAAGGGUAAGAAGUGAGAGCCACUGUGCAGGGCCUGUUCCUUGUGAUGAGAUAGAGGCUGAAGGUAUGCGAAUUAUUAUUGCAUUAACUAGAUGGUAAUGAAAUAUUUGUGCUGUGUUUUUCUUGGCGUUUCAUCUGUUUGUAGUGGAUUUUUAAUUUCACGAAUGUUUGUUUUAUUUUGUUGUAAGCUGCUAUGGGGUUCAGUUUUAGAGCCAAAAAAAAGCAGGAUCCAUAUGUUCUUAUAAAUAAACAAACUAAUACUUCCAUCACAGACGGGUUUCUGUGGUAUCGCAGUGUCAGUGGAGGGCAAGGUUACAUGCAGUUAAGGCCAUCGUUCAGUGCCAUAGCGAUUGUCGUAGCCUGCCAAUAGCUUUUGGAUGCAGAAAGUAUCAGUUAAGACUCUUGAGUGCUGGAGAUCUGCUCCCUGACAUAGUAGACAGUACUGGGCUCAACAAGACAAUGGCCCCUAAAAUUAUACAGUGGUACCUCGGGUUACAGUGGUACCUCAGGUUACAGACUCCGCUAACCCAGAAAUAGUAUCUCAGGUUAAGAACUUUGCUUCAGGAUGAGAACAGAAAUUGCACUGCAGUGCUGCGGCGGUAGCGGGAGGCCCCAUUAGCUAAAGUGGUGCUUCAGGUUAAGAACGGACCUCCAGAACGAAUUAAGUUCUUAACCCGAGGUACCACUGUACACCACAGCCACAUCAAUAGCAUACAUUUAAAGCACUCAUGUGCCCCUUUAACUACCAUGGCCUCCCCCCACCCCAAGAAUUGGGGCUGGGAAUUGUAGCUCUGUGAGGGGGCUCCUUUCAGCUCUGAGCACCCCAACAAACUACGGUUUUUAGGAUUGCUUGGGGGAAGCCAUGACUCUCAAAGUUGCAUGAGAGAGCUUUAAAUGUAUGUUGUGACGGCUACAGUUGUAGAUCAGGGGUGGAGAACCACUGGCAUUCAGACCAGGUCUGGCACACAGUGUCUUGGGAUCCAACCCACAGUCUUCCUUCUGUUUGUUUGUGGCAAUUAAGUUUACGUGUGUGUUUCAUUUGCACAAAUGGCACCCUUUUCUCUAAAACUUAAUUGCCAAGCAGGCAAACUUAAUUGUCAAGGAGGGAAUGGCAGCUGGGAAGUAAAGGUGGGAGAGAGAGAAGGAGGGAGGGAGAAGGGGGAAUGAGAAAAAAGAGAGAAAAUGGGGGGGGGGGGGAGAGAAAGAAAGCUUUUUUUAAGGAAAGAGCUGGAAGAUGCAGUGGAUGGGGUUUGCAAAUCAAUGUCUGUGUGUGUGCAAAUGAAUGGGUUUUUAUGAGUGUGGAUGUGUGUGAGAGAGAGAGAAAGAAAGAGAAGAGCGAGAGAGAGACUAGUGGGCUGUGGAACCACCCAGAUACUUUUAAGUGGAAUUGGACUGUCGUUUUUAAAGAUCGAGAUGCCUAGAGUUUAUAUAACAUAUACUGGUAUGGUGGACCAGCGGUAAAACAAACAUGGCACUAAUUUGUUUUUCUUUGUCCCCUCUGUGUGUGUGCAUUUUGUUUGUAUGUGUGCUCUGUUUUGCAGCCUACACCUUGGAUAAUGUUAACCUCCGUGGCUAUUUUGCCUAUUCUUUCAGCGAUAGGGGUGAUCCUAGAUCGUAUGGACUCUAUCGAUAUACAGUGAAUCAAUAUGAGCCAAAGUCUUCCAUGAUGCAUUAUAGACAGAUUAUUGACAAUUACACCUUUCCUGGCUCGGAAACCGCUGGCUUGCUCUGCCUCAAGGAGCUUAUUCUGUGCCCAGAAUGUGACUCGUUGCAACCCAGAAGAUCUUUGCUUGCUUUCAUUUCUUUUAUAUUGUUUUCUUUCAUUGUUACUGUAUUUCUGAUCACUUACUACUCCAAGAAGGUCAAUAGAAGGCAUGAAUACGGCUUUCCUGCAGCUCAUUGUCCUUCAUAUGCAUUUCCUGGGGGAGCUCAGAAAUAA